GACUGAAAUCCCUAUUAUGGCAAUGUCAACAUCCACUCGGCGCAACUCUCAAUCGACCACGAAAAGAGGGAAGAAAUGUCAUCAAUGUCAUGUAGACGGGAAGAGAUAGAUCAGAAAAAUGUGCUCGCUGCUGAAGUGAACGUGUCGGUAAAAUUUAUUUUGGAUUUCCUUCAAAUUAGUAUUGAUAUAUCUUAAAAACUAAAUUUAACAAUUAAACAUCGGAGCAGUUAGAGUAAGUACUAUUUAGAAGAUGAAAAUGAUGAAUUAAAUCUAGCAUAGAAUUAUUAACUAAGUUAAAUCUAACCUAACCUAAAAUGGAAUUCCAGAACCCGGAAUAUUGCGAGUUAGCUAGACUGGAAUCGUCUGAUAGGAGUUUAUUCAAUCUACGGGUUGAUCACCAAUAUUCUUGGCUUUUAGGUGGCAAUAGGUUCGAUCCUGGAUGCGCCAAGCAGCGCCAGAUAGCUGAGAUAAAAUUGCUGAUGGAGGAGGAAAAACGGCUGCGAGAGCUGAAACUUCAGGAUGAAAAAGCCUUUCAAGCAAAGCAACAGUUGAUUCGGCAGGAGUCGCUGGAACAAAAACGACAACUCCUUCAUCAAAUAGCAGCGAGUAGCAAGGCUGAAUCGACACCCGGGUCAAUUAUCAGUUCGAAGGAAAAAGUCUCAGCAUGGCUGAAUAACCAACACGGUGGAGGAUCAAAGGGGAAGAUUUCGGGAGACAAUAGCGAAAACGGCUCGAAAUCUCAGGUGGUCCCCAAAGACCCACCAGGAAGCACGAUCAACGGGCGGGCUGAUUCCGAUCGAAUCCGGGAAAGUCCGCAUCACCUCUCAUCAAUUUCUAACCGCGAGAGUCACCAACAUGAUGCUUUCUCUAAUUUGGUCGUACAAUCACCCAUCCCCCAACAACAUUCAUACCCGACUGCUCAAGCUAGACCCGGAGGUCAUCCCACGAUGCUGGGUACGCAGCAAAUCGCUGCUCGUCAAGUAUUGGGAAAGGAAUUACCAACGUUUAGCGGACAUCCCGAAGACUGGCCCAUCUUUAUUAGUAGCUUCGAGCAAUCGACUGCUACUUGCGGCUUUUCCGAGGCGGAAAAUUUAAUACGCCUGCAGCGAAGCCUGAAAGGCUACGCACUUGAAUCUGUUCGAAGUAGCCUACUACUACCGUCGGGAGUACCGCAUGUGAUUCAAAUACUGCGAACGCUUUAUGGGAGGCCGGAGCUACUCAUUCGGUCGCUGCUCGAAAAAAUAAAAUGUGUGCCAGCCCCGAGACAUGAUCGGCUGGAGACCAUAAUGGAGUUUGGACUAGCUGUUCAAAAUCUCGUUGACCACCUCGCCGCUGCACAACAAGAAAGUCAUCUCUCAAACCCAGUACUGAUGCAGGAACUGGUAGAAAAACUGCCGGGAUCACUUAGACUGGAUUGGGCCGUUUACAAAAACCGAGAUGCCGUGCCUACACUGCGGACGUUUGGCAGCUUUAUGUCGCGAUUGGUUACAGCGGCAAGCGAGGUAACAUUUGAUCUGCCAUGCAUCGUGGUCUUAUACGGACAGGAGCGAGCCAUAACGAUCUUUGCUUUCAUCGAUGAAGGAUCUUCGCUCACUCUGCUAGAAAAAACAGUCGCUGAACAGCUAGGCGUGACCGGACAAUCAGAACCACUGACUCUGAGAUGGACAGGAAACGUUACGCGCGAGGAAUCACUAUCCCAAAGGGUGCAAUUGAAAAUUGCAGGAAUGUCGGGUAGAACCAGACACAAGCUCGUUAAUGCCCGCACAGUCACUAGCCUUAUCCUACCUUCUCAAGCAUUAAGGUAUCGUGAGCUAGCACAGAUGUUCCCUCAUCUACGAGGGCUUCCGCUUGAGGACUAUGAGCUUAUCCAGCCAAAGCUUCUCAUCGGUCUAGACAAUCUACACCUCGGUGUGCCGCUCAAAGUGCGGCAAGGCCAGCCUGGAGAACCCAUCGCAGCGAAAUGUAGACUCGGAUGGGGUAUAUACGGAUGCGUAGCGAACGCAACUAACGCUCUCGUCAAUUUCCAUAUCGCUGCAGUCACAGAUCCCGAUCGUUUGUUGAACGAACAACUGCGAGACUAUUUCACUCUAGACACCAUGGCAACUGUCAAUCCAGUUCAAAACAUAGAGUCUGAGGAAGAUCAGCGAGCGAGACGGCUGCUAAAGGAUACUACACGGCGAACCGGUUCCGGAUUUGAGACAGGACUUUUGUGGAAGACGGAUAAUUUUAAUUUCCCAGAUAGCUACCCGAUGGCCAAACGCCGUUUACAGUCUUUGGAAAAAAGGCUGGAGAAACAUCCACAACUAAAAGAAUGCGUUCGAGAGAUGAUAGCGGAAUAUGAGAAAAAGGGGUACGCUCAUAAGGCUAGCGAUGUGGAGCUGACGACAACCGAUUCGAAGCGCGUUUGGUAUUUGCCACUGGGUGUCGUUAUUAAUCCCAAAAAGCCUGGUAAAGUAAGGUUGAUAUGGGAUGCCGCAGCGAAGAUCAACGACGUGUCACUCAACUCACAACUUCUCAAAGGACCAGACUUGCUGACCCCUCUGCCUACUGUCCUGAGUCAGUUCCGUCAGUUUCCAAUAGCCGUAUGUGGAGACAUCAAGGAGAUGUUCCACCAGAUAAAAAUACGGGAGCAAGAUCGCCAAUCGCAACGGUUUCUCUGGCGUGAUAAUCCAACUGAUCGUCCGCAGAUCUACGUAAUGGACGUUGCAACUUUUGGGUCAACAUGCUCUCCCGCGUCAGCCCAAUACGUGAAAAAUAUCAACGCGGCAGAGUUUGCUUGUCAGUAUCCUCGUGCCUCGGAAGCUAUACAGAAAAGGCACUAUGUUGACGACUAUUUAGAUAGCUUUCAAACUAUCCAGGAGGCCACAGAAGUAAUUGAAGAAGUUAAAACAGUACACUCCAGAGGCGGGUUUGAACUAAGAAACUUCCGAUCAAACUCAAUUGACGUGUUGCGCGGUAUUGGAGAAACACCAGCCGAAGGAUCUAAAUACCUACUGUUGGAGAGAAACGAAUCAGCAGAAUCAGUCCUCGGCAUGCGUUGGAUACCGAAGGAUGAUGCGUUCACAUACACGUUCGCGCUUCGCGGUGACCUACAACCAAUCCUAGCAGACGGCCACACUCCCACCAAGCGUGAGGUGCUUAAGAUACUCAUGAGUUUAUUCGAUCCGCUAGGCUUUAUCGGUUUCUUCCUUAUACAUGGAAAAAUACUAAUGCAGGAUAUAUGGGCUUCAGGAUCCGAUUGGGAUGAUCAGAUAAACGCUGACCUCUAUCAGCGCUGGAAAAGAUGGACAGAUCUCUUCCCACAGCUAGACAGCAUUCGUAUUCCACGUUGCUAUUUCCGACCUCCGUUCCCGAAAGACAUCCAUCAUCUUCAGGUCCAUGUAUUUGUUGACGCUAGCGAGGCAGCGUAUUCUUGCGUGGCCUACUUUCGCCUACCCACGGAAACAGGAAUUGAAGUAUCGUUAAUCGGUGCCAAAUCCAAAGUUGCACCCCUGAAGCCACUUACUGUUCCCAAACUCGAAUUGAAAGCAGCAGUUCUUGGAGUCCGUUAUUUGGAGUCGAUACAGAACUAUCAUACUUUCGAAAUCAAGCAAAGGUAUUUGUGGACAGAUUCUACCACCGUUCUGGCAUGGAUUACGUCAGAUCACCGUCGAUACAACAAGUUUGUCGCUUUCCGUGUCGGCGAAAUACUAUCGUCGACUGAUCAGAAGGAAUGGAGGUGGCUCCCCUCUAAGUUAAAUGCGGCCGACGAAGCCACCAAAUGGAACAGUGGUCCAAAUCUGCAAUCCGAUGGUGUUUGGUUCACAGGGCAAAGCUUCUUACGUAAACCGGAAAGCAUGUGGCCCGAACCAAAGCCUGCCUCAACCACACGAGAGGAAUCACUUAAUAUUCACCAUCAGAACAGCCCAACACCGUUGGUUAGCGUCGCUCGCUUCAGUCAGUGGUCCCGAUUGCAGCGAACAAUGGCAUUUGUACUCCGGUUCUUGAGCAAUCUUCAUCGCAAAAAACACGAUUUGGAGCUGCAACUGGGUAUUCUCCAACAGGACGAGCUCAAGUCAGCCGAAGAAUUGUUAUGGAAACUCGCUCAAGCGGAGACAUAUCCUGAAGAAAUCGCUCUACUGAAGCCCACUCAAGGCGAUCCCGGGGCAGAACAUGCGAUCGUAGCCAAAUCCAGCCCUCUCUACAAAACUUGGCCGUUCCUCGAUAGACAUGGAGUUCUCCGAAUGCGCAGUCGAGGUGGUGCUGCCGCAUUCGCACCGUUCGAAGCUAAGUAUCCGGCUAUCCUCCCAAAGCAACAUCCAACUACUGUUCUUAUUACAGACUGGUACCAUCGCCGCUUUCGCCACGCCAACCGUGAGACAAUCGUCAACGAGAUGCGCCAACGCUUUGAAAUUGCCAGACUACGAGUACUAAUACAUAAAGUAACCAACAACUGCUGUUGGUGCCAGGUGGCUAGAACAAUUCCAAGAGUACCUGCAAUGGCCCCCCUUCCUCAAUUUCGAGUAACACCGUGUAUACGGCCAUUCACCUUCGUCGGAUUGGACUACUUUGGACCGGUACUCGUGCGGGUUGGUAGAAGCCAGGUGAAGCGAUGGAUCGCACUGUUUACCUGUCUUACAAUAAGAGCUGUUCAUAUGGAAGUGGUGCAUAGCUUGUCCACGGAAUCCUGUAUAAUGGCAGUCCGACGCUUUGUGGCCCGCCGAGGACCACCGGCAGAGUUUCACACCGACAAUGCUACAUGCUUCCAAGGUGCCAGUAGAGAACUGCAAGAUGAAAUUGUCUCAAGAAACAACGCGCUAGCAUUGACAUUCACGAGUGCACAAACGCGAUGGAAAUUCAUUCCUCCCGCAACCCCUCAUAUGGGUGGCGCUUGGGAGCGACUCGUUCGUUCGGUUAAGGUGGCAAUAGGUUCGAUCCUGGAUGCGCCUCGAAAGCCAGAUGAUGAAACACUUGAGACUAUAAUUUACGAGGCAGAGGCCAUGGUGAACUGUCGACCCCUCACGUACAUUCCCCUACAAUCAGCGGAUCAGGAGGCAUUAACACCCAAUCACUUUAUUUUGGGAAGCUCUACCGGCGUCAAAAUCCUCCCAACUGAACCCGUAACUAGUGCUGCUACACUCCGGAGCAGCUGGAAACUGGCACAGUUCAUAACAAACGAGUUUUGGAAGAGAUGGGUGAAAGAAUACCUCCCGGUUAUCACUCGAAGAUGCAAGUGGUUUGAAAACACAAAGGAUCUACAAGUUGGAGACUUGGUACUGGUGGUUGGCGGAGCGGCGAGGAACCAGUGGAUUCGUGGAAAGAUCGAGGAAGUAAUAUGCGGACGAGAUGGAAGGGUUCGACAAGCCCUCGUGAAGACUACGACAGGAAUCGUACGAAGAUCAGCAGUUCAAUUGGCGGUGUUGGAUGUCGCGAAUUGUAGUAAACCUGGUAACGAACUUUCAAACGCACAGGAUGUGCAGCAACACCAAGGUUUACGGGCGGGGGAGUGUUGCGACUGAAAUCCCUAUUAUGGCAAUGUCAACAUCCACUCGGCGCAACUCUCAAUCGACCACGAAAAGAGGGAAGAAAUGUCAUCAAUGUCAUGUAGACGGGAAGAGAUAGAUCAGAAAAAUGUGCUCGCUGCUGAAGUGAACGUGUCGGUAAAAUUUAUUUUGGAUUUCCUUCAAAUUAGUAUUGAUAUAUCUUAAAAACUAAAUUUAACAAUUAAACAUCGGAGCAGUUAGAGUAAGUACUAUUUAGAAGAUGAAAAUGAUGAAUUAAAUCUAGCAUAGAAUUAUUAACUAAGUUAAAUCUAACCUAACCUAAAAUGGAAUUCCAGAACCCGGAAUAUUGCGAGUUAGCUAGACUGGAAUCGUCUGAUAGGAGUUUAUUCAAUCUACGGGUUGAUCACCAAUAUUCUUGAAGCUAACCGAUAUAAAACAGUGUUUGCUGUCAAGAAUUGGCCAGUAACUUACGCC